GCCCUUUCAUCAAUUCAGCUUUCUCUUUUUCUGCGUUUCCUCCACACUAUCAAUCCCCAAAAUCCUUGAAGAUAUAAAGAGAAAAAGUUGUUGAAUUCUUGCUAUUUUUGGGUUUCUGAGUUUGUUUUUCAGUUUGCAUGUUUGAAUUGUUGAAGUAAAUUUUGAUAACGGACUUGUUAGUGCUCUUCAUUUGAAGUUGAUUUGUGUGAAGGAAGAUUCCUGUUAUUGUUCUAUUUUGUUUUGUUGUGGAAUGAUUUGUACUGCAAGUGUUUGGAGGAUGAGAGAUCUGUGUUGAGUGUAUGUGUUAAGGAAAUGGCUACUUCUGAGAGUUGCCGGAAUGAUACCGCCGCCGGAAAAGUUGAUGCUGAGAAAGCGUUGUACACGGAGCUAUGGCGAGCAUGUGCAGGUUCGCUUGUGACAGUGCCAUGUGAAGGCGAGCUGGUGUUCUAUUUCCCACAAGGUCAUAUUGAACAGGUUGAAGCAUCAACAAAUCAAGCUUCAGACCACCAGAUGCCAGUAUAUAAUCUUCCGUCUAAGAUACUCUGUCGCGUGAUUAACGUCCUGCUGAAGGCUGAACCAGAUACUGAUGAGGUGUAUGCACAAGUGACUUUGUUGCCAGAACCAAAUCAAGAUGAGAAUGUGGUAACGAAGGAACCGAUGCCCUCUCCACCACCACGAUUCCAUGUACACUCUUUUUGUAAGACAUUAACAGCCUCUGAUACCAGCACUCAUGGAGGAUUUUCCGUCUUGAGACGACAUGCUGAUGAAUGCCUCCCGCCUCUGGAUAUGUCUCGGCAGCCUCCAACACAGGAGUUGGUGGCCAAAGAUUUGCAUGCAAAUGAGUGGCGCUUCAGGCACAUAUUCCGGGGCCAGCCUAGGAGGCACCUUCUUCAGAGUGGUUGGAGUGUCUUUGUAAGUUCUAAAAGGCUUGUUGCAGGGGAUGCAUUCAUAUUUCUUAGAGGUGAGAACGGGGAGCUUCGUGUUGGAGUCCGACGUGCCAUGAGACAGCAGGGUAAUGCACCAUCAUCAGUGAUAUCCAGCCAUAGCAUGCAUCUUGGUGUCCUUGCUACAGCUUGGCAUGCCAUUCAGACGAAAACACUGUUCACAGUAUAUUACAAACCAAGGACAAGCCCUGCUGAGUUUAUAGUUCCAUAUGAUCAGUACAUGGAGUCUCUGAAAACCAAUUACUCCAUCGGGAUGAGGUUUAAAAUGAGGUUUGAGGGUGAAGAAGCUCCAGAACAGAGGUUUACUGGAACUAUAGUUGGCAUUGAAAAUGCUGACCCCAAAAGGUGGCCCGAGUCCAAAUGGAGAUGCCUGAAGGUUCGAUGGGAUGAAACUUCUGCUAUUCCUAGGCCAGACCGAGUUUCACCCUGGAAAGUAGAACCAGCUCUUAGCCCUCCUGCACUUAAUCCACUUCCAAUACCAAGGCAGAAAAGGCCUCGAUCAAAUGUUCUGCCCUCGUCUCCUGAUUCUUCUGUUCUUACUAGGGAAGGUUCAUCCAAAGUAACUGUAGACCCUUCACAAGCCAGUGGAUUUACAAGGGUCUUGCAAGGUCAAGAAAUAUCGACCUUGAGAGGCAAUUUUGUAGAAAAUAAUGAGUCAGACUCUUCUGAGAAGCCAACUGCAUGGCCACCAUUACUGGAUGACGAGAAGGCUGAUGUUCAUUCUGCAUCAAGGAGAUGUCUAUCAGAUAAAUGGCUUCCUUUAGGGAGGCCUGAAUCAUCUUUUACAGAUCUUUUAUCAGGUUUUGGGGGGCAAGCAAGUUCCUCCCACGGGUUCCAUUUACCCACUGGGGGCCAAACAGCACCUGCUAGCAUGGUUAAGCGACAAGCACUGGACAAGGAAAAUGAUUUCAGCUUAUUGGGAAAACAAUGGUCACUAGUGUCUUCUGGUGUCUCACUUAAUCUGAUGGAUUCAGGAUUGAAGGGUGCGGAUACUCUUUAUCAAAUGCGAGGAACAUCCAAAUGCAAUGGUUUUAACGAGUAUCCAACCCUCCUUGGCCAUAGAAUUGACAAUCAGCAGGGAAAUUGGUUAAUGCCCCAGUCCAUGUUGCCUUAUAUUCAGAUGUCCACUCAUUCUGGAGAUAUUAUGCCUAAACCCAUGGCUUCACUACAACCUGAAGCCGUGAAACCCAAAGAAGGGAGCUGCAAACUAUUUGGCAUUCCCCUUGUAAGUAAAUGUGCCUCCAUAGAUCCUGUCAUGUUGCGGAAAAAUUCUCCGAUUGACUCAGCAAGUAACAUGCAUUUUGGUAUACAUCCACAUCAAUUCCCUAUAACUGAAUCUGAUCAAAGGUCUGAGCAAUCAAGGGGAUCAAAGCUACUAGAUGAUGGGAUCACAGUUAAUGAUCAGGAAGAACAAUUCCAAACCUCUCAUCCUGGUACUCGAGAUAGAGAGGGCAAAGGCCUUGUUAAUUCAACAAGGAGUUGCACCAAGGUUCAUAAACAGGGUACGGCCCUUGGAAGGUCUGUGGACCUUGCAAAGUUCAACCACUAUGAAGAAUUCAUAGCUGAACUGGAUCACCUUUUUGAUUUUAAUGGUGAGCUCAAGGCUCAGAACAAGAACUGGCUGGUUGUAUAUACUGAUGAUGAGGGUGACAUGAUGCUUGUUGGAGAUGAUCCGUGGCAAGAAUUUUGUGGUAUGGUUCGCAAGAUUUUUAUCUACACGAAAGAAGAGGUGCAGCGGAUGAACCCUGGGACUCUCAAUUCAAAAGGCGAAGACAAUUCUUCUGUUGCAGAAGGCUCUGAGGCUAAAGAAGUGAAGAAUCUACAGCUUCCUUCUGAUUCCAGUCCUGAAGAUUCUUAGAGGUGGUCCUCCUUAAUUGAGGUUUAUAAAAAUCUGCGGAAAAGACUACAUCCACCCAGCUGUAGCUUUUUUGGGGAUUUUGGAAGGUGGUAACCCAUCAAGUCCCUUUUACCACCCAUCAAGUCCCUUUCAGCUUCCGGAUGGCUGGUCUCUCCACAUUGAUGCAGCUUCUGUAUUCUCAGUUUCGGCCCCUUUUUGGAGCCAAGUUGUGGUGACUUAUCUAUACACAAAAUACUUGAAUUAUCAGCCUGGUCAUAAUCUUGCUUUCGCUUAUUUCCAUAUGUACAUACCCAGUUUUAGCAAUUUCUUUGGCAGCUCUAGAUGUAAAUAAGAAGUUGAUACAACAGCAUACCUUGUCUACUCUGUUAAUUUAUGUAUCACUUGUAGCCAACUGCUUUGAGUACCCUACAUAUAUCAGGCUAUCAGCGGUUGUGGUCAUCCGGGUGAACAUGUAUUGAUAGUCAUGCAAAUUUUGGUCUUAAGAGUUGAAAAGAUGUUGAUAUUUGGCUAUUUCAAACAAUUCUUAUUGAUCAAGUUA